GGAAGACUCUAAGGGAACGCGGCAGAGGCCAGGAGAGGAGGCACGGCGGACGGCGGGGAAGGCAGAGGUGUCAGGGAAAGGACAGGGCGGCUUCGGGCACCCACGGCCGCAGCGCGGGGCAGCCACCCCGGCCCGCCCGCCGCGCUCCGCCCGCCCUCCCGCCGGCACCAUGGUGGACAGGGGCCCCUUGCUGACCUCGGCCAUCAUCUUCUACCUGUCCAUCGGGGCGGCGAUCUUCGAGGUGCUGGAGGAGCCGCACUGGCGCUCGGCUACCGACGACUACAAACGGCAGAAGACGGAGCUGCUCAAGCAGUUCCCUUGCCUGGGCCAAGAGGGGCUGGACAAGAUCCUGCAGGUUGUGUCAAAUGCUGCUGGACAGGGAGUUGCCAUCACUGGGAACAAUACUUUCAACAACUGGAAUUGGCCUAAUGCUGUGAUCUUUGCUGCUACUGUGAUCACUACAAUUGGUUACGGAAACGUUUCUCCAAAGACACCCUCUGGGCGUCUCUUCUGCAUAUUUUAUGGGCUCUUUGGAGUUCCUCUCUGCUUGACAUGGAUCAGUGCUCUGGGGAAGUUUUUUGGAGGACGUGCCAAGAGGCUGGGCCAGUUUCUGACAAAAAGAGGAGUAAGCCUGAGGAAAGCACAAAUUACGUGCACAGCUAUUUUCAUUGUUUGGGGUGUCUUGGUCCACCUCGUUAUUCCUCCCUUUGUCUUUAUGGUGACUGAAGGAUGGGAUUACAUUGAAGGCCUCUAUUUCUCAUUCAUCACUAUCACCACCAUAGGAUUUGGAGAUUUUGUUGCUGGUGUAAAUCCAGAUGCAAACUAUCAUGCCCUUUACAGGUAUUUUGUGGAGUUAUGGAUCUAUCUGGGACUAGCUUGGCUUUCACUCUUUGUGAACUGGAAGGUCAGUAUGUUUGUGGAAGUCCACAAAGCAAUCAAGAAACGGAGGAAAAAAAGAAAAGAGUCUUUUGACAACCAUCCUCGGUCUAAAAAACCCCUUCAAAUGGGUACCUCAAAGGACGUCAACAUUUUCAGCUUCCUUUCAAAGAAGGAAGAGACCUACAAUGAUCUUAUUAAGCAAAUUGGGAAGAAGGCCCUGAAGACAAACAAUGACAAAAUGAUUAAAGUAGAAAAUGCCAAACAAAACUUGCAGAAUGCCAGUAUAGAUGCCCAGGUGACUUACACAAAGACAGAGUCAUUCGAGUAUGAUGAGGCUUCCCUGGACAUUCAAAAAGGUCAUGUACUGAGACCCCUGCAUGAUAAACGUAUUGGAGAUAGCCCAUUAGAAGGAACCAUGUUUGUAAACCAGCUGGACAGGAUUAGUGAAGAAGAAGGUGAAGUGUGGGAUUCCAGAGACUAUCGACCCUUAAUAUUUGAGAAUGCCAAUAUAACAUUUGUAAAUGAAGAUGAUGAGGAAGAGGAAGAUAUCUCAGAUGAUGAGGAAACAUCGAAAUCCUCCAUGGAUGAUAAUCUUGCAGAGGAAUCUGAAACUGCAAAAAACCUGGUAAAAUUCCCAUCCUCUGAUGAAUCUACCUUUACGAAUAAUGAGUUAGAACUUUCUGUGCCUUAUGAACAACUGAUGAAUGAAUAUAAUACAGUAAGCACUGUGAAGUCUGCAACGUGAAGCAUGUUUGACAAUGGUUGUCUGGAAUUGAUCAGUACAUAUUGAACAAAUUAACAGAGCAAGGAGAAAAGCAUGUUUUUACAGCUUUUCCUGUCUCUUUGAAAACAAAAGCAAGUCCCAAACUAAUAAACUCCAGUGUUUUUUUCCCACCCUGAGUUGGUUUCUGAGCCCAUCAGCUUUGCUUAUCUGAAAAACUUGUAAAAUAACAGUUGAAUUUGGAGUCCUGCUUCUUCUUGGGGUUUUAUGGUUCUUGAACAAAGUAGAAAAGAAAAGACUAGUUAAUACACUGGACCUGCUCUGCUUUUAUGCAUUUCAUUGAGGAAUUAGUUUGGGAGUGUAAUUAUGCUGUUGCAAAGAGACUGUUUGGCGCAUCAAAUGUGUUCGGUUACUCCAUUAGCCUUUCACCUCUGAAAACCUGGAUUUGAAUCCUGCUUUGAUUG